AUGGUCGGCGCGCGGCUUGGAAAAACCCUGCCCUCCCAUUUGAUCAUUGGACAAGUUGAACCUACCCUUUCGGGCAGCAGCUCACUUAGCCGGUACGACGCGAUGCACGCACCACGCCGCACCGUUUCCAGCGGGGGCCGCGAGGAGGCGGAGCUGCCAGCUUAUAAGCUCGGUCCCAGCAGGUUGGCCAACUCGGUUGGCCGACAAACCUGCACCGUCACAGCACCCACUUUGCUCACUCACAGCGAGCCAAAUUGUUUAAAUUUCUUUUCUGGAAUUGAGCUGGUAUUUUUUCGUUUCCAGAUUUACGAUGCCAUCAAAGCAAAACACCCCUCAGUUUUGAGCAAAGUUUAUCCCGUGAAAGGUGACGUGAUUCUGCCGUAUUUAGGUCUUUCGCAAGAAGAUAGAUUUUCGCUGUUAGGGAAAGUAAACAUAGUGUUUCACGUCGCGGCCACUGUGAGAUUCGACGAGCCGUUACACGUGGCUGUUAAUGUCAAUACCAAAGGUACUGCUCGUGUUAUCGAACUUUGGAACAAACUGAGGCAUCCAAUUAGCUUCGUCCACGUUAGCACAGCUUAUAGUAAUGCGAAUCUACGUGAGAUUGGGGAAAAAGUUCAUACUACGAGCUUGAAACCUGCAGAGGUGAUCGAUAUGUGUGACAAAUUGGACAAAACGUCCAUCAACGAAAUAGAGAAAAUGAUUUUAAAAACUUAUCCAAACACAUACACAUUGAGUAAGAAUUUAGCAUAGCAGAUUGUUGCAAGCAAGAGUAAACACCUGUCAGUUGCGAUAGUACGACCAAGCAUAGUUGGUGCCUCCUUGAAAGAACCAUGUCCUGGUUCUGCAUUUACAGGUCGCUUCCUGCUAAUCGGCAGAGGAUUUGCAAGGGCGAUGCAAGGUACGAGAGAUGCCAGAUUAGAUUUAGUGCCUGUCGAUUUCGUAGUCGACACGAUAAUAUGUAGUGCAUGGCAUGUCACGCUACAUCGUGAUCAUGAAGUUAAAGUAUACAACUGCACAAGUAACGCAUGCCUUUUUAAGUAAUAUUUCUUACGAAUAUUUUUCAACUAAUGUAAUUCAUAUUGUUAGAAUAUACUAAAAGUUUCAGUUUAUUUAUGCAACGUGGACAAUGGAAAUACAAACAAAUGUAGAAUACAAAAGCCCACUUUUGUUCCCAAUACUUCAAUUUAGUAAAAUAGUGAUAUAACAUAAUAUUUAUCUAAAUUACAUAAUAUUUCCCGAGAUACUCGGAUGAUACUAAACUUUGCUUUGAGUAUAAUUCCAUUAAUUGUACAAAUGUAAAUGUUACGUCGGGUGACACAAUACCUAGACCAGGCCACACACCGCUGGCCGGAUGGCAACCAGAUGUCCGCACGUCUUUAUCGCGUGCCCUCAGUAAUCUUAGGAGCCGACCAUAAACUUUAGGAAAUUCUAGAAGAUCCGUCAGACCGAACAAAUAUCUCUAAACUCAAUCGUUACCGAAAGGUUAUGUAUUGCAAAAAGAUAUCGAAAGUUCGUUUUGUCCACGUGCGACACAUUACACUAGCAACUAUCUAUCGAGGGCGGCUAAGACCCUUCCUAGUCCAUCAACCUUCUUGUAUCCAAUCAGAAACAAGUCUACUGCCCUCACUUUUCCUAACUAAAUCGUCAUGAACAAAUCAGCUUUCUCGCGUCUUUAGACACACCCAUCACUAGCUUUCUUCCGACACAACAUCUCCACUUAUUCUUCACCGUUAGAAUAGUCAACACGUCAUUACCGAGUUUCAUACCUUAAAUCAGUCAGUUACUUCACUUAUACAUACGCAUCAGUGUAACUAUUUUUCUAUGUAAAGUUGUUGGAAUAAACAUUAUUUUAUACCUGUUAAUUCAGUGUAAAUUCAGUUGAACCACCCCUAUUGUCGUAACAGAAAUCAGGGG